CCCCUCUCUGCAGCCCCCCUUUUUGGGCAGGACCCCUCUGGGAAAGGGGGGCUUAGACCUGGGGGCCCCAGCCCCAUGCAGCCGUGGGGGAGUAAGAGGGCUGGAGGCAGACAGUCCCUUCUGACGGGGUUUGGGUUGCAGCCCAGCCGGCAGCUGGUUCUGGGUCUCCAGCCUGGGGGCUCCCCUCAGCCCCUUGCUGGCGAGUCCCCAGCACUCUGCCCUGCUCAGGCCCCCGGCCGCUGCCCGGGCUGAGGUGUUGAGCAAUGUCCGGGCUUUGCUCGCCUCUUCCCGGCAGCCGUUUCCCGCGCUCUGGCAUGAGCCGGGGGGAUUAGCGUGCUGCUCGUUGCACUGCGCGGCUGGGAGGAGGAAUGGGUCAGGGCUAGGAGCCUGCUGCCACCGGGCAAGACCAUCUGGGCAAGGCGCUUGGAGUAGCAAAGCAUGGGGGAAUUAGGGAAAUAAUCUGUCGCUGUUGAUCCCAGUGGCGGGAAUUUGCAGCGUUGUGCCAGGCCCCAGGCGCGGAAGAGGGGGAGAGCCAGGCCGGCGGACGUGUGAGCGGAGCUCCCAGCUGGAAUGCACCAGCUCAGCAAGGGAUUGUCCUCCCUGGGCCGGGCAGGCGCUGCACUGGGAGCCUGGUGCCCGUGACGGCUGCCCAGGCCAUGGCGGCAGCAGACAGCCCCUCAGCCGCCCUGCGGCGACGCGACCUCUGCAGCCGAGGCAUCCGCCUGGCUGGAAAGAUGCGCUCGGAUGUCGUCGACCUUCUGGACACCUAUGUGGAGCGGCAGGGCUUGGACGCCUCAGCCAGCGUGGCGGCAGUGGAGGGGGUGCCGGCAGCAGCAGUGGAGCGCUGGGAUGAGCAGACGGGGACGCAGCGGCUGCUGGAGAACCUGGCAGCGUACCGGGCCUUCCGCGUCCUGCUGUCCCAGAUGCUGGAGGAGCAUCGGGAGCAGCUGGGGGAGGCCGAUGCCGCCCUGGGCCGGGCGCUGGCGAGCGUCCUGCUCCAGGUCUCAGCCUUCGCCUACCACCUCGAGGAGCUGCUGCGGCUGGAGAGCCGCGGCCCCCCCAGCGAGGAGGGGGCUCCCCCACCCCCAGCCCCCCACCUCGGCCUCUUCGAGAGGAAGCUGCGGGGCCUGGGGGUGCUGCGGGAGCUGGCCCAGUGGGCUGUCAGGUCCGCGCGGGACCUGCGGCAGCUCACCAAGCCCAGCCCGGGCAGCGGCUCGGCCCCCAGCUGGGCUGAGAGCCCCUGA